CUUUCUUGUGUCUGUUUCAUUUAUUUCACUCUCCAAAUUUCAUUUUGUUAUGUUAUUCUCUUCUUCUAGGGUUUACUCAAUCUUUCGCCAAUGGAAGCUUCACAAAUUCAACUAAUUGGAUUUUGAGGUGUUUGUGUUAUAGCUGAGAGUUUAAAGUUUUCUAUAGUUCAAUCAUGGAUGUUGUUGAGGCUUCUGAUAACCCAAAUUUAUGUGUUGGUGAUGAUGAAGGACACUUCAAUUUUAAAUGGCACACAUCAUUCGAUAAAAAAACAUCGCAUUCAGAUUCUUGUAAAGACUAUGAAUCUGAAGAUGAUGAUGAUGUUCCUUUGUCAGCAAGGUUUCCUAAGAAGAGGGAUACUAUCACACUGCCUGUUAAGAAGGUAUCUGAUAACAACAGUUCCUUGUGCGGUUUGAUGAAGAAAUCCAAGGUGUCCCCGACACCAUAUGAUGAUAACGUUGAUAACGACAACAAUGAUGAUGACGACGACGACGAUGUUCCUAUUUUCUCGAGAAUGAAAGCGCAUGCCAUGUCAAUUGAUCUAUCAUUUUCCUCACUCAAAAAACAACUUGCAUUUGUAGAAAAAUCAUUUGAGGAAUGUGAAGGGAAAAGAGAAGUAGAAGAGAAGAUAUUGCAGUCCAUAAAGAGAGAUAUUGAGAAGUGCUGCAAAGAGCUGGAAAAUAAGAAAAAGGAAAUUAGUGAUGUUGGAAGAAUUAAGGAAGCAUACAAGAAAAUGCAGGGGAAAAUUGAAGAAUGUGUCGAGGAAUUCGUAGCAAAGGAAUCACAGCUCUCUUUGAUGGAAAACUUGAUUGGAGAGCGCAAGCAAGAACUCAACACAAAAAAGCUGGAACUUCGUAAAGUCAUGGAUGACAUUUCAAAACAGAAGGAAUUGGAAGGCCAAUUGGCCGAGCUGGAGAAUGAUUUGGUAUCAAAACAGAAGCAAUUUGAAAGCCGAAUGAAGGACCUUGAGUCUAAAGAGAAGCAACUUGAUGGCCGGGAUGAGGGGUUUGAAUCAAAAGAGGAUGAAUUUCAAGGCCGAGUGGAGAAGCUGGAAUCAGAAAAGAAGCAUUUUGAAAGCCGACUGAAGGAUCUCGAAUCAAUAGAAAAGAAAUUCGAUGGACAAAUGAAGGAGUUCCUGUCAAAAGAGGAGGAAUUUAACGGUAAAUUGAAGGAGUUUAAAUCAAAGGAGGAGCAAUUCAAAGGUCAGGUUACGGACUUCAAAUUAAACGAGAAGAAAUUUGAAGAACAAUGGAAAGAACUCAAGUCAAAAGAGAAUAAGUUCAAAGUACUAGUGAAAGAGCUCAAAUUAAAAGACAAGCGAUUUGGAGCACUAGUCAAGGAUCCCGAGUCGAAGCUAAAUAAGUUAGAUGAACAACUGAAGGAGCCUGAGUUGACAGAGAAACAGUAUGCUUUAAUAGAAGAAUAUUUUGAUGAGGAAAAUGAAUCUGAUACAUGUUACAUGGAUGAUGAAUUUAGUCCUGCCAUUGUUGGAACAAGUUUGCAGUUGCUCCCAUUUGAGCAGACUGAUGAACCUGAGUCCCCUGGUGAUGACAUUCAAGUCAAUCUGCAAGGAUUUUCAGAUCCAGCACAUGCUGUUUUGGAUAUAAUACAGAACCCCAUUAUUCAAAAGUAUAAGAAGGGAGACAAUGAUGCGAUUAUUGAAGAGAACCACAUCUUUCUGCUAGAACAACUGAUGAAAAUCUCACCACAUAUUAAAACUUGUGUAAAAGAAGAAGCAUUGAAGCUCGCUCUUGAUUUGAAAGCUAAUAUGGAAGAAAAUACUGAAAAUAAUUUGGUUCUCGGUUUUCUACUGCUUUUGUCAAUUUACCAAUUGGUUACUUAUUUCAAUGAAGAUGAAGUGUUGGAGCUUUUUGCAUUUGUUGCUCAGCACAAGAUAGCAGUUGAGUUGUUUGAGACCCUGGGUUUUGCAAAUAAAGUUUCUGAUUUUGUUGAGAAUCUUAUAAGGAGGAAGCAAUUUGAUUCAGCUGUGCAUAUCACUUGGUUGAGAAGAAUAAAGAAAGAUUUGUGCUAGAAAAACCUAAUGUAAAGAAAUGUGGUAAUGGAAAUCGUCAUUGGUUCAAUAAAAGUUUUGGCGGCUCUGUGAUUAGCAAUGGAACCGUCAUUGCAAAAUAUAUUUACACAAGAUCAUUCUCCCAAUUCAAACACUAAAGUAAAGGUUUCACCAUCUUCGUCUCUGUCUCAGUGUUCAAUCGCAAAUGCAAGGAGCAUUGAGCCCUUGUUCGGAUUUGAUACUUAAUAGUGGUUCUGUCACUGCUUGAUUAUUCCAGGAACUUCCUUUGUUUUGAUAAAGGUUUAUAGUUUCAUUUUCUCUAGUUCAUCAUUUUAUUUACUUCAUUUUUACUUUUAUUGUUUAAUAUAACUUUGAUAUGGCACUAGUUUUGUUGUCAUCUUAACUGUGAAGGGAAUA